CCCGUCCCCGCCCGCCCGCCGGAGCCGCAGCGGCAGCGGCAGGGCCGGGGCCGGGGCAAGGGCAGGAGGGGCAGGGCCUGGCGCGGCGCCGGGCAGCGCGGCUGCAUGAGGUUGAUGCUGCUGUGCUGCACCUGGAGGGACGAGCCUAUGGGAGAGGACGAAGGGAGCGACUUGCCGGUGUGUGCGAGCUGUGGGCAGGGCAUCUACGAUGGGCAGUACCUGCAGGCGCUGAACGCCGACUGGCAUGCCGACUGCUUCAGGUGCUGUGAGUGUGGGGCCUCCCUGUCCCACCAGUACUACGAGAAGGAUGGGCGCCUGUACUGCAAGAAGGAUUACUGGGCACGCUUCGGCGAGCUCUGCCACGGCUGCUCCGAGCAGAUCACCAAGGGGCUGGUCAUGGUGGCUGGGGAGCAGAAGUACCACCCCGAGUGCUUCAGCUGCCUCAACUGCCGCAGCUUCAUCGGGGACGGGGACACCUACGCGCUGGUGGAGCGCUCCAAGCUUUACUGUGGGCACUGCUAUUACCAGAUGGUGGUGACGCCGGUGAUCGAGCAGAUCCUGCCGGAGUCGCCGGCCGCCCGCAUGCCUCACACGGUCACGCUGGUGUCCAUCCCCGCCUGCUCCGACGGCCGCCGCGGCUUCUCCGUCUCCAUCGACCAGGGCUGCGGCACCGAGCACCCGCGCACCGUCCGCGUCCGGGAGGUGGAUCCAGACUGCAUCAGCCCUGACAUGAAGAACUCCAUCCACGUGGGCGACCGCAUCCUGGAGAUCAACGGCACCCCCAUCGGCCACGUGCCCCUGGACGAGAUCGACCUGCUGAUCCAGGAGACCAGCCGCCUGCUCCAGCUGACCAUCGAGCACGACCCCCACGAGCCCCUCGCCCGCGAGUCGGGGCUGGCCUGCAGCCCCCUGCCCACCCCGGCCCCUGCGCCCUGCGGGGAGCCCGGUGCCAUGCGCCAGCGGACCGUCAUGAGGAGCUGCAGCACAGACAAGUCCCCGGGCUCGGGCUCCGUGGGCUCCCCUGCGUCCCAGCGCAAGGACAUCGGCCGCUCCGAGUCGCUGCGCGUCGUCUCCCGCGCCCACCGCAUCUUCCGCCCCUCCGACCUGAUCCACGGCGAGGUGCUGGGCAAGGGCUGCUUUGGCCAGGCCAUCAAGGUGACACAUCGGGAGACGGGCGAGGUGAUGGUCAUGAAGGAGCUGAUCCGCUUUGAUGAGGAGACACAGAGGACCUUCCUCAAAGAGGUGAAGGUGAUGCGCUGCCUGGAGCACCCCAAUGUGCUGAAGUUCAUUGGGGUGCUCUACAAGGAGAAGAGGCUCAACUUCAUCACGGAGUAUAUCAAGGGGGGCACCUUGAGAGGCCUCAUCAAGAACAUGGACAGCCAGUACCCCUGGAGCCAGCGGGUCAGCUUUGCCAAGGACAUCGCUGCUGGCAUGGCCUACCUCCACUCCAUGAACAUCAUCCACCGUGACCUCAACUCUCACAACUGCCUCGUGCGGGAGAACAAGAGCGUAGUGGUGGCUGAUUUUGGCCUGGCACGGCUGAUGGUGGAUGAGAAGAACCAGCCUGAGCAUCUCAAGAACCUGAAGAAACCAGACCGCAAGAAGCGCUACACGGUGGUGGGAAACCCAUACUGGAUGGCCCCUGAGAUGAUCAAUGGGAGGAGCUAUGAUGAGAAGGUGGACAUCUUCUCCUUCGGCAUCGUCCUGUGCGAGAUCAUCGGCCGGGUGAGCGCUGACCCUGACUACCUGCCCCGCACCACUGACUUUGGCCUCAAUGUCAGAGGCUUCCUGGACCGCUACUGUCCCCCCGCCUGCCCCCCCAGCUUCUUCCCCAUCGCCGUCUGCUGCUGUGACCUGGACCCCGAGAAGCGGCCGUCCUUCAGCAAGCUGGAGCAGUGGCUGGAGACCCUCCGCAUGCACCUGGAGAUCCGCCUGCCCCUCAGCUCGCAGCUGGAGCAGCUGGACCGAGCCUUCGGGGAGACGCACCGGCGGGGCGAGGGUGGGCUGCCCGCACCCCCCCGGUAGAGCACCUGCGCCCCCCUGAAGCCACGGGAGAAGGAGCUGCACCCCGCCGCCACCAUCUCCUAUGGCUGCCACCCCCCCGCCCCGGGGCUGGAUCCCCGGGGACUCCCCGGACGAGACCCCCACCAGGGCUGCCGAGUGCUGCUGCCCACACCGCUGCCCACCCCUGCCCCGGGAGCUGGCUCUCUCUGGGGCUGCAUCCUCCCCUCCCAAGCCGUAGCUCUUGCCCCCAGGACAAGCCUGGCCGGCCACACUGUGGGGACAAGUCCCCGUGUCCCCCCACCCUCCCAUCCCGGCUCACUUCGCCUUUGCACGCCCGGGGGCUGCGUGGCUGCCGCGCCCCCCGAGCCCCGUGGGCUCCCCCGUACAGAGCCGCGGCCUCGCGGCGGUGCCUUGGCUUUCCGUGAACUUGCACUGCGACACAGCAGGGACCCCCCGGGUCCUUUGGGGGGGGACAUGGCCACAGGUCAUCCCUCACCAAGGGGAGCGCAGGUCCUGGGAUGUCCUCGUAGCAACACCCUCAUCCUCGGCCAGACCCUCUCACGCUGCUUCUACCGGUACCCCAGGCUCGGGGGGCUGCCGGCACCCCUGGCCGAGUGAGGGAUCCAUG